AUGUCCAACAUUUACAACACCGAGCCCGCGCCUAGCGCUAGAGUCGUCAUGAGCACCAGCGCAGGCGAUCUAGACAUCGAAUUGUGGGCCAAAGAAACACCUUUGGCUUCGAGAAACUUUCUUCAGCUGGCCAUGGAGGGUUACUAUGAUGGCACGACCUUUCAUCGACUAGUGCAAGGCUUCAUCAUUCAAGGUGGAGAUGCUUCGGGCGCAGGCGAUGGCGGAGAAUCGAUCUAUGGUCAACCUUUUGCUGAUGAACCGCAUCAAAGGCUGAGAUUGAACCGAAGAGGCUUGCUAGCCUGCGCAAACGAAGGCGAGAGGGACAGCAACACGAGCCAAUUCUUUUUCACCCUAGACGCUACUCCAGAGCUUCAAGGCCGUCAUACAAUGUUCGGUCGCAUCACUGGUCCGACAAUUUACAAUCUCUUGACGCUCGCAUCUCACGAGGUUCAGCAGGGCACCGAUACACCCGUGCAGCCCGCUCCCAAAGUGCUCACCGUCAAAGUUUUAGAGGAGCCUUGGGGCGACGUCAAGCCGAGGAUCACGCGCGAGGAGAGGGCCGAGCAGGAGAGGGCGAGAAGAGUCGCAAAGAAGGAGAGGGCGCGAGAGAGGGAAAAGGGAGCAAAGGGCGUCAAGUGA